AUGACAGACAUUGACUUACUUGAAACAGUCCAACGUUCACUAAUAAGUGGUUCACUAGCGGGAUGUACAGUUGAUUUGUUACUAUAUCCGAUCGAUACAGUAAAAACUCGACUUCAACAAAAAGCCAAUUUUCAUAGAAGGUUUCUAUUUUCAUCAUUAUAUUCCGGUGUUGGUUCUGCUAUGAUCGGCAGUGGUCCAUCAUCAGCAAUAUUUUUUCUUUCUUAUAAUUUAAUAAAACAAACUGCAAAUUCAUCAUCUUCUAGUCAAGUUUCUAUGAUAGCUGCUGCUUUUGGAGAAACGUGUGCAUGUCUUGUACGUGUGCCCACUGCAGUUAUUAAGCAACGUGCACAAGUUAAUCGAAAUUUACGUUUAUCAACAAUUGUUCGAUCAUGUCUUCGAGAUGAAGGUUUAUCAGGUCUUUACAGAGGAUAUUUUGCAACUUUAGCAAGAGAAAUUCCAUUUUCAAUGAUUCAAUAUCCACUGUGGGAAUUUUUUAAAGAAUAUCAAAGCAUAAAGCAAGCUUAUCCAGUAUCUCCAUGGCAAGGAGCUUUAUGCGGAUCUAUAGCCGGUGGAAUAGCCGCAUCAAUUACAACUCCAUUAGGUAGAUUGAUUGAACAUUCUCAUCCUGAUGCUAGUUCUCAUUUCUUACAAGUCAUUAUAAAUAUUCUCAAAACUGAAGGUUUCUCAGCUUUAUAUUGUGGUGUUGUUCCUCGCACUACGUGGAUUUCCAUUGGUGGUUUUGUUUAUUUCGGUGCUUUCGAAUUUGUGACAUCAUCGUUUUUUUGUAACAAAAGUGAAUAUGAAACGGAUAAAUUUCGUCCUGAUUUACAGCUAGAAUAUUUAUCAGAAGAACUUAUUAAAAAAUGUGAAACGUCUGAAAUUAUUCUUGAACUUCAUUUACGAAUACCAACAAAAAUUAAAUUUGAAUUUCGAAAAAAUAAAUUUCAAUCGAAUCGUCGACAGUUAGCAGCAACAUUGAGUAAUCAAUAUCAUCUUCCUAAUCGACAUGUAUUUAUGAAACGUACAAUGGCACAUCUUCAUGAAAAAAGUAAUUUAUUACAUGAACGAUUAACUGAUAAGAAAAAAAUCGAUUAUGUUAAAGAACAUCAACAUGAAUUAAAAUAA